CCGACACAGCUAAGCAAAGCUAUUAUUUCGUGGGGGAGGGAGCGAGCGAGAGGGGCGGAUUGUGUUGCCCGCUAUCGCAACCGCUGCUUCGUUUGGAUCAAAGCGUGCGCGAACACGACAUCGUAGGAUCAUGACCCCUUCUCCUCCCCUCCUCCCCACCUCUUCCUCCUCCGGAACCCUAAUUUAUCGAGCCACUUCCUCUAAUUUGGAGACCCCAAGGCGCCGAUCGAUGUCGGGUUUCAUUCCUACCGCCACCGAUUGAUGGGCGUCGGUCUCAUCUCCAUUCCCCGGGUCGUCGAUUUGGUGGGAUUUUCUUGUCUUUGGUGAGACCUUGCGGCUUCGCGAGAUCGGUGGAGGGGGUGAUUUUUGUUGCCAGGACUACAGCUUGAAUUGGGUGCGUCUCCUGCUUGUGAUUGCGGUGGUCGGAUGGAGCCUCGCGUCGGGAACAAGUUCCGCCUCGGUCGCAAGAUCGGGAGCGGGUCCUUUGGAGAGAUCUAUUUGGGUACUAAUAUCCAAACGAACGAGGAAGUUGCAAUUAAGCUCGAAAACGUCAAGACAAAGCACCCGCAGUUGCUAUAUGAAUCAAAGCUCUACAAGAUCCUGCAAGGAGGAACUGGAAUCCCUAAUGUGAGGUGGUUUGGUGUUGAGGGUGAUUAUAAUGUCCUUGUAAUGGAUUUACUAGGACCAAGUCUUGAAGAUUUAUUCAACUUUUGCAGCCGUAAACUCUCUCUGAAGACUGUUUUGAUGCUUGCGGAUCAGAUGAUUAAUCGAGUGGAAUUUGUGCAUUCUAAGUCCUUUCUGCACCGGGACAUCAAACCAGAUAAUUUUAUUAUGGGUCUUGGUAGACGAGCUAAUCAGGUUUACAUAAUUGAUUUUGGUCUGGCAAAGAAGUAUAGGGAUACUUCAACACAUCAGCAUAUUCCAUAUAGAGAGAACAAAAAUUUGACUGGGACAGCAAGAUAUGCGAGUGUGAACACACAUCUCGGCAUAGAACAAAGCAGGAGGGACGAUCUUGAAUCUCUUGGAUAUGUUCUUAUGUACUUUCUAAGAGGAAGCCUUCCUUGGCAAGGUCUAAAAGCAGGAACCAAGAAGCAGAAGUAUGAAAAAAUUAGUGAAAAGAAAGUUGCCACAUCAAUUGAGGCAUUAUGCAGGGGAUAUCCUUCAGAGUUUGCUUCGUACUUCCAUUAUUGCCGUUCACUUCGAUUUGAGGAUAAGCCUGAUUAUGGAUAUCUGAAGAGAUUGUUCCGUGACCUUUUCAUCCGUGAAGGUUUUCAGUUUGAUUAUGUAUUUGAUUGGACCAUUUUAAAGUAUCAGCAAUCGCAGAUAGCUGGUGCUCCUGCACGUGCUAUUGGUGCAAGUGCAGGACCAAGCUCUGGCUUGGCUCCUGCUGUGGCCAAUGAUAGGCAGUCAGGUGAGGAAGGAAGGGCAAGUGGUUGGUUGGCUAUGGACCCUUCUCGUCGGGGACGAGUUACACCUCCACCUGUAAAUGCAAGCAGCUCGUCAAAGCAGAAGGCCCCUGUGGGGAAUGAUACAUCUGCCAGUAAAGAUGCUAUGUUUUCCAGUUCAACCUUUAUGGGACGAUCAAGCGGUUCAUCAAGGCGAGCUGCUGUUUCUAGUAGCCGAGACAUGGUGGGCCCUGACACAGAUCAAUCUCGCACUCGUACUGCUGAGGCCAGCCCAGUGACUUUCCACAAGGUUUCGAGUGCUCAAAGAAAUUCGCCUGCAGAGCACAAGCAUACUUCAUCUGGAAGGAAACCAUCUGCAAUCAAGAAUUACGAGUCCACGCUCAAAGGCAUCGAGGGCCUUAAUUUUGAUAGCAAGGAAAGGAACCAGUUAUAGAAAUUGCAAGUCCUGCUGCGACUUCCAUCCUUGUUCCUCUGUAGACAUCCAUUAACUAAAAUGAAAGUACAACUUGGUAUUUUUCUUUCC